GUCGUCGCUGAUCGCAGAAUGGGAGGGGAAGUUGUGGUACUCAAACCGGCGGAGAAGGUUGCGCAGGCGCACUCCGAAUUCAACCAGAACUCCAGGUCGGCGGUCGGCGCAGAAACGAAGUCGAGUAGAGCACUCAGAAGCAAACGAGGCGCAAAGGGCGAGAGGGAGGUCGAGGUCGAGGGAGGAGGAAUUGCGGAGACAAAGCGGUGCAGCAGUUCUGCAGCAGGGGCAGGAGCGAUGAAGCAGAAGCCACCUCCAGGGACCCCCUUGCUCGUGUGGGGCAGGCUGCUCUUGCCCGAAGCAGCACUCAGCGAGGAAAAGCAUGCAUUUAAUUGGCUGGCUCGUGCCAGGUGCUGGCGAGCCGCACUUUCAAAGAAGCCGCGAAUGGAGAUCGAAAUGGGCAAUGUCACUCUAAUGAUCUGGGAGGAUGGAUAUGCCUGCUGGCUCAAGAUGAAGAUGAGCGCAUGA